UCACCUAGCGGUGAUUAUUGUAGUUUCUUGUAUCCGGAACCUCUUGUAUUAGUUACGUGUUUCCAGCCGGUUGACGAUUAAGCAAGCACUGGUCUCAUCAUGUCGAGGCACCUUCGCUUCAUUGCACGGACAGUGAUGGUCCAAGACAGCAACGUAGAUGCGGCGUACAAGACUUUAAACAGGCUCCUGACUCAGGAUGGGGUCAUUGAAACAGUGAAGCGCAAACGCUACUUUGAGAAGCCCUGCCGAGAGCGACAGCGGAAGAACUUUGAGAACUGCAGGCGGAUCUACCACACGGAAAUGGCCCGAAAAAUUGCCUUCAUCUCCAAGACAAACAAAGAAGAUCCCUGGCUCGGCUGCUGAUAAAAUGUCUGAUGAAACGGGACGUAAUCAAGACCAACACACUGUCACUGUCACAUCUCAAUGGACUUUGGGAAUGAAGUUGCUUUCAUUGUUUAAUAGUAAAAUGAAGUAGAUUGUGUCCAUUUUCUCUACUAAAUUUGGCAUGGCUGGGGAGUGCUUGUACUCACUUUUAGAUGUAAUGAGCAGGCUAUUAUAGUAUAACUAUUGUUUGAUGACAUUUUGUGUUUUGAAUCUAACCACACAAUCUUGCUAAUGAAAAAACUAAUAAAUGUGUGACAUGU